GCCGGCAGGGGGCGGGGCGGGGAGGAGCCGGGCAUGGUAACGGCUCGGAAGCCGAGGGGGCUGGGCCGGACGGAGGCGGAGGAACCGGUGUCCGCCGCUGCCGCUGCCGCCGCUGCUCCAGCGUGUUCCGUGAGGCCCGCGCCGGCGCCGCCUCGGCCAUGAUGAUCCACGGCUUCCAGAGCAGCCACCAGGACUUCUCCUUCGGGCCUUGGAAGCUGACGGCGUCCAAGACCCACAUCAUGAAGUCCGCGGAUGUGGAGAAGUUAGCCGAUGAAUUACAUAUGCCAUCUCUCCCUGAAAUGAUGUUUGGAGACAACGUUUUAAGAAUCCAGCAUGGCUCUGGCUUUGGGAUUGAGUUCAAUGCUACAGAUGCAUUAAGAUGUGUUAACAACUAUCAAGGAAUGCUUAAAGUAGCCUGUGCUGAAGAGUGGCAGGAAAGCAGGACGGAGGGUGAACACUCCAAAGAAGUUAUUAAACCAUAUGAUUGGACCUAUACAACAGAUUAUAAGGGAACAUUACUUGGAGAAUCACUUAAGUUAAAGGUUGUACCUACAACAGAUCAUAUAGAUACAGAGAAAUUGAAAGCCAGAGAACAGAUUAAAUUUUUUGAAGAAGUUCUCCUGUUUGAGGAUGAACUUCAUGAUCAUGGAGUUUCAAGCCUGAGUGUGAAAAUUAGAGUAAUGCCUUCUAGCUUUUUCCUGCUGUUGCGAUUUUUCUUGAGAAUCGAUGGGGUGCUUAUCAGAAUGAAUGACACAAGACUUUACCACGAGGCCGACAAGACCUACAUGUUACGAGAAUAUACAUCACGAGAGAGCAAAAUUGCUAAUUUAAUGCAUGUUUCACCUUCCCUCUUCACGGAACCUAAUGAAAUAUCACAGUAUUUACCGAUAAAGGAGGCAGUUUGCGAGAAGCUACUAUUUCCGGAAAGAAUUGAUCCUGACCCUGCAGACUCACAAGAAAGUACACUAGUGAAAUAGAAUGUGAUACAACAUAUACUCACCAUGGAAUCUGACUGGAGACCUUAGCUAUUUGGAGGGGGUAUUUUUAUUAUGAGAAUUAAUUGCCUUGUUUAUGUGCAGAUUUUCUGUAGCCUUAAAGGAAAAAAAAUAAAGGAUUGUUGCAGGCAGGUUCCACUCAGCUGCUGUUUGUACUGUCUAUCUUCAAAUUCAUAUUCCAGAUUUAUAUUUUCUGGAGUUAAAUUUGGAUUUCUAAAUUAUUACAAAGUGGGAUCUCACUAGUAGUGAUGUGUGUAUGUCUCAUGAGCAGUGGGCAUAAUCUGCAUCCAUCAUGAAACACUGUCUUCUACCAUGAGGAGGUUAAUGUAAAUCACAGAAUCACAGCACCUUGUGACUUUCACGGGAUUCCUGAUCGUGCAUGUUAAUGUACCAGCUCUUUACUUUGGGCUUUUUGAUGUUUAUUCGUACUUCUGGAGAGUCGUGAGUUGCCUUUUAGGAAAUUGGUGUCGUACUUUAAUGAUCUUUACCCACAAAUUAAAGAAAAAAAUAUUUCCCCUCUAAAUUUAAAUUGGCUUUUGAAGCCUUUGAGAAAAUUUCAGACACAGAACUAAAUAACCUAGGGUUUUGGGAAACUGAAGGUGUUCUCUCUGUGGACACACCUGAACAUGGUUUGCCAGCCACAGGUAGGAUGUGAGAGCUGUCCUUCCUCCAUCUUUAGGUGCUUUUUCUUAUGUGUGGUUCUACUUGUACUGAUGUUUUUUACUUCAUUUUCCAUGCAACCUUGGAAUGAAUAAAUCCUUUGAAUAUUGAAUUUGUAUUGUUGUCUAGCUAAUUUUAUUAGCUAAAUUUUGUCACAAGUGAUUUUGGUAUUUGUUUGCCUUCUGCUACAUCACCUGCAA